AUGUCUCUCGCCCGGGCGGCUGGCGCCGUCAUUCGGCCCUCCCAGAGGGCCACCACCUCUCUUUUCCAGCGCCGUGCCGCGUCGUCCCAUUCGCACGACGAGCACCACCACGAGGAGCACCAGGACUCGGACACGUACGAGCCGCAAUCGUGGAACACUCCGUUCUGGCGCAGGGCUGUCCUCGCCAGUUUUGGAGUCGUCGCGUUUUACAAGUACGCCCCCUCCCCCAACGACGAGAACGCGAUCACCAAGUCCAUCGCCGCCAACAUGAUCUCCUCCGACGUCUGGGAACACAACUCUCUCGACCACCUCUACAAGUCGGCCGAGCGUGCGGUGGUGAACCUCUUGACUGCUGAUGCGAAGCCCCCGCCUGUCCACCGCCUCCGUUUCCCUCAGCGGAUUGAAAUGUAUGCUCCGAGUUCGCACCCUGUAGGUAUCAAGCUGUAG